GCAAAAAAAUGUAGCACCCAGAUAACAUAAAAGAGGUUUAUCUUCAACGUUAGAGCUUAUUUUUUUAUAUUAAGGCAGCUGUAUUAAAUGCAUCGAAAUCGUAUUUUUUCAUAAGCGCUCCCUGUCAUUUUGGCCACGCAGUAUUUCCAUGUUAUACACGCGAUCUCCAUUUCCUCGACAUUCGAAUGCAUCCGUUUUUCUACACUAAACUCUGAACUUCGGGUCUUCCGCCUCGACCCGUCGUCUAAUUCGUCUUCUGAAGUCGCGGCGCGCGCAUAUAUAGAACCGGUACUUUUCUCUCCCUUCCUUCGUUUGUGCUCCGAGCUCGAGUUGCAAAUCCUUCACGAAUAAAACUAAAAAUUCAUUUUGUCUGACCCCAAAUCAGAGGGUUUGUGCACCAUGGGCUUUAUUACAUACUGAGCUUAAACUGUGUUGUGGAGGAGGAUGGGUAUUAUUAUCCUGAGCUUCCCACCCAGCUAUAAAAACUACAUCGCUGCUCUAGAGUAGAUCCACCUCCUCUCUCUCUCUCUCUCUCUCUCUCUCUCUCCUCCUUCCUGUCAGUGUCCACACAAACCUCUCCGUCUGUCCGCGUGCGCCGUUGUUUGGGGCUUGUAGUUGGAUGCUCAGCUGUGUUUUUUGUGAAUGGAGAGGAGACACUCGGGCAGACGGGAUGGACAGACGUCUUUGCGUCCCUCGGAGACAGAGAUGAGACAGGCUGGGAUCUGAAACGACACUUAGAGCUGGAAUAAACCGCGCGUACAGUAACACCUGAGGAUCUGGACGGGAUUCCUGGGAGAGGAUGGCGCACACAGACGAGGACCUGAUCGGAAUCCCCUUCCCGAACCACAGCAACGACGUCCUGUGCAGUCUUAACGAGCAGCGGCGGGACGGCCUGCUUUGCGACGUGGUCCUAGUGGUCCAGGACCAGGAGUACCGCACCCAUCGCUCCGUCCUGGCCGCCUGCAGCCAGUACUUCAAAAAACUCUUCACGGUGGCCUCCGGCUCCAGCCGGGACUCCAACGCGCACGCCGUCUACGAGCUGGACUUCGUGGCGCCGGAAUCGUUGACGGCCAUCCUGGAGUUCGCCUACACCUCGACGCUGACCGUCACGGCCUCCAACGUCAAAGAGAUCCUGAGCGCCGCCAGGCUCCUGGAAAUCCCCUGCAUCGUAAACGUGUGCCUGGAAAUCAUGGACACGGGAGGAGGCGGCGGAGAGCGGGGAGGAGGACCUUCGGAAGGGGAGGAGUUCGAGGGGGACGACGAGGAAGACGAGGACGAAGAGGACGAGGAGGAAAUGGAGGAGGAGGCCGACUCCAAAGACGGGGAGUUCGAGGACAACAACAGCGAGAAAUCCGCGCAAGGAGCCGAAAACCAAGAGGAACUCAAGGUUUGGGAGAACGGGAGGAUGGACAGCCCACCUUGCAGCUCCCAACGAGGAGCGCAAGAAUCCCAAAGAAGCCGAUCGGACACUCCGGAAGCCCAGAAGCCCAGAGGGCCGGAGGGAUUGGAGGGCCGGGCGCUUAAGGACUUCUCCAUAGAGUCUUUGCUUCAAGAGGGACUCUAUCCGAAAGUGGCAGGCUUGGAAAGAGGCGCCGGAUUCUCGCCCCUUCUCCCAGGCUUCUACCCUCCCAUGUGGGCGGCAGAAUUCCCAGGAUACCCUCAGAUCCUGGAGCCCCGACACCCUUCCCACCCCUUCCCCAACGCUUCUCUGGAAAACGGCCCUCUGGACCUGGCGGUCAAGAAAGAAGUCAUCAAAGAAGAGCUGAAGGACGAGCCCACGAACCCCAUCCUGCACAGAGACUUCCUCAAAGACUUCAUGAGUCCCGGGUUGGGAAUAACCUCCGACCCCGGCCUCGGUCCGAUCAAAGAGGGGGCGGAGCUGCGGUCCUACCUGAGUUUCCUCUCCGCCUCUCACCUCGGGACGCUGUUUCCUCCGUGGCAGCUGGAGGAGGAGAGGAAGAUGAAGCCCAAGGCGUCACAGCAGUGCCCCAUCUGCAACAAGGUGAUUCAAGGAGCGGGAAAGCUGCCGCGGCACAUGCGAACGCACACCGGAGAGAAGCCCUACAUGUGCAACAUCUGCGAGGUCCGCUUCACCAGACAAGACAAGCUGAAGAUUCACAUGCGCAAGCACACCGGCGAGAGGCCGUACAUCUGCCUGCACUGCAACUCUAAGUUCGUUCACAACUACGACCUGAAGAACCACUUGCGCAUCCACACCGGCGUGCGGCCGUACCAAUGCGAGCACUGCUACAAGAGCUUCACGCGCUCCGACCACCUCCACCGGCACAUCAAGCGGCAGAGCUGCCGCGUCUCGCGCCCGCGCCGAGGCCGGAAGCCCUCCGCCUGGAGGUCCGCCAACUUCCUCUUCCCUCCAGGCCCCGACGGCCUUCAAGCGGACAGGACCGUGCGGGUUCCCGCCGCCAGCGGCGCCUCCUUACUGACCAAACAGCAGCCCGCGGCGGGAAAGACGCCGGAGGACGGGGAGGCGUGCGGGAAGCUCAUCUCGGAGGACGCCAACAGAAAGAGGGGCGUGUUCGCGUUCGCCGUGGCGACGGAGGACGUUCUGCCACACCCGGCGUUCUACUCGGCGACCUCUGACCCCUGGGCCGUGAGACUGGAACGAGCCCCGCCCAUCACCGAGGCCGCAAAGUGACUUCGUUAAAGGGUUGGACUACGCCCCAACGUGGAAGCCGUUUCAUCAAUCGCACCCCGCGUCUUUCCAAACGAGCACAUUUGGGAAAAAAGUACGACAUUUUUGACGGAAAACCGGAAGAAAAUAUUCCACCUGUGGUUCAAUCAAUUUUUACGAAGUGACUAGAAUCCUUUUUUAUGGAAUGAAAACAAAAAUAACGGCUUAAAUCUCCAUUCAGGAGAGUUUGAUGAACGCAAACUGCUACGUUCUUCUGCGGAUACCUUAAUAAAGUUGUUUUAAUUUGUUUGCACGCAAGCAUCCUCGUCGCUUCAUAAAAGUCCGAAUGAACCACUGAUGGAAAACUCAAAUUGCGUUCUGAUACGAACUAAGCUUUUAUGGGUUUGGGUUAGGUUAUAAAUGUUCGUUCUGGGGCUCCUUGAAACAGCUGCUCGCUUCGGACGCCACAAAGUCUUUACGAACCGGGUUCAGACUCUGUAAUAUUACUUUGUUUCAUAAGUCAGCUUCCACACGGGAUGACAGGGAUUUUAAAUACUUUUUAAACGGCUAGAUUUGUUAAUAUCUCGGAUUGCGCAUUUGUUAAAAGCUGUUUUCGAUGCUUCGGCCUUUGCUAACGAGGGUGACGCGCGUGAAAACCGAAUGCAAAAAAAAAAAAAAAAAAAUUGACAAUCAGGUAUGCAGAAAGAAAAAGAGUCCUGCUGAAUAAGCUAGAAGCUUCGACGUUCGCUUUGUGUUAUACGACAGGUUUUUCUAAUGAAACAGCGAAGCUAAACUCCCAAAACACGAGGAAAAAAUCACAAAUUUGUGCGUCGUAACCCACUAUGCAAAAUACAAAAGUGGCUCAGUUCAAACUAAAUUAACGAAACACAAACCUCUCAGGAUUGCAAAUCAUUCCGUUUAACAAAAAACACUUUUUUAAACCACGUAAUGAGACGUCGAAUCAAUCCGUAGUCGAUCAGACAAAAGAGAAAUCCUGCAAGUUAUUUUUUUUCCCCCUCGCAAUUAUUUAUAUUGCGCGUUUCAAAUUGACCCUCGAUUCAAUCCAAUGCUGUCUUUUUAAACGAUCUGUACAGGUGGCUUUCAGGUUCUGUAGUGGAGUUGUUCAUUAUCGUAAGUGUUUCUAUUGUAAAACAUCCAAAGACGUGUUGUUAAAGGACAAACUUGAAAUCCAAUCGGUUUGCGAAGCGGUCUUUUUCCACACAUGAAGUGUCUUGGAGGUGCUUGUCGUGUACAGGAAAAUAAAACGGUCCACAACUUCCUCGGCUAGAGUGAUUCAGCCGGCGUUGAAACCCAAACCAGACAUAUUUUCAAGCUAUUUAUGCAUAUUUAAAUAAGCCUCGGCUGUAUUUUACUAAGACGUUUUAUAAAGACACUAACGCGCUUGCGUUCCGGUUCAUCCGUUUCUCGAGACAGAGCGCGUCCAACCCUCAGAAACCGAAACGGAAAAGAUCCCCCUUCAGGACGACUAAAUCGACCACGAAAACGCACAAGCACUCCGAACGAGAAACGUUACGUUUCUGCACUUCGCGCGAGGCGUUUAAGACGUUCUUUUUGGUUUGUUUUUUAUCUUGGUGUGCAAAAUGCAAAGACGUUUCAAUGGCCAUGUACAAUGAAGGUGCUUAAAAACGCGCGUGUGUGUGUGUGUGUGUAUAUAUAUAUAUAUAUAUAUAUAUAUAUAUAUAUAUAUAUAUGAAGCCCUUCUGUGGCGACUGGUGGGAACUUACUUGCACUAUUUGUUUGAUGAUGUUUUAAUAUCGGUCACGAUGUAUUGAUAUUUCUUAAAGAUUUAAAAACGUACAAAAAAGUAAAAAAAAAUCACAGAACAUGUCUGAGAUAUGCACUUUAACACGAGGACGAUUUCAGUGAAAGUCAUUUUUAUAAAUGUGUGUGGUAUUUGUAUAUUAGAUCAAUCCCUGGUAAACGGAAAUCAAAGAACUGGAAUAACAAUAAAUAAAAAAAAUGCUUUUUUUCCAAGAA